AUUUAAAGCUGUGUACUUCCUCUAGCACGGCCACAGCAUCCAUAUAAAAGUUAUUUCUCUUUACAUCAACGAAUCAGGAAGAACACAGCCACAGUCCUAAAGCACACAAACGAUUUUAGCACAUGCGGCAAACAAAUCCAACAGACAGUGGCACAAACUGGCCCAACACCUGCCUUGCACUGCUCUCCUCUGCUCUCCAUCCCUACCAGCUGCAGUCCUGCUGCUCCUCCCCUCCCUGAAGCUGAUAGCAGCUCACGCUGAGCACUGUACCGAGCUGUGCAGCCGAUCCCCCCCAGAGAAGGGUAGAUUUCACCGGUGUUUAAUAAUAACAUAAUGAAAGCGAAACUCGGUUCCUGUUGGGGCAGGCAGCCCCGACCGGAGGAGCGCUCCCAACUCAAGGCCCACCUGGGCGCGGGUCCGUCGGCAGCACCGCGCGCAGCACCUGCAGGCACGGAGCAGCGUGGCUCCCGGGGCAUCGCCGCGUCAUCUUCCGCACAAAAAUGAGCGUGAGGAGGCAGGAGCGCUGUCGCAAUUCCUCCCUAGCAGGGAUUAGGGAGCAGCCUGUUGCCGGCAGCGCUCGGCGUUAGACGCGGCGAGGCGGGGAGCGGCCUCAAUACCGAGGCCUUCCCCUCCCGGAGGGGGCUGGCUGACCGCCCCGGCCGGGGUGCGCCGGAUCAUCCCACCCCGACGGGCGGUCACCUCAGCAGGAGGAGUCGCCGCCGCCGCUUCGCCUUCUCUCCCGCAGGACCUGACGGCAGUACGCCUCGCCGCGCCGAGCCCGUCGCCAUGCAAGCAGGGAAGGCAGCCGGGAACCGGGAGGGCGGCAGGCCCCUGCAGCUCACCAUGAAGAGGGGCUACGAGGUGCUCCGCGACCCGCAUCUCAACAAGGGCAUGGCUUUUACCUUGGAGGAAAGGCAACAGCUGAAUAUCCAUGGACUGUUGCCACCUUGCUUUCUCAGUCAAGAUGUCCAGGUUUUGACUAUUCUUAAGAAUUUUGAAAGACUGACAUCCGACUUAGACAGAUAUAUUCUACUAAUGAGUCUUCAGGAUCGAAAUGAAAAGCUUUUCUAUAAAGUGCUAACUUCUGACAUUGAAAAGUUCAUGCCUAUUGUUUAUACUCCCACUGUGGGAUUGGCUUGCCAGCAUUAUGGUUUAGCAUUUCGGAGGCCAAGAGGUCUUUUUAUUACUAUCCAUGACCGGGGACACAUUGCUGCAAUGCUGAAGUCCUGGCCAGAAAGUGUCAUCAAGGCUAUUGUAGUGACAGAUGGAGAACGUAUUCUUGGUCUUGGAGACCUUGGCUGUUAUGGAAUGGGCAUCCCAGUUGGUAAACUGGCACUUUAUACAGCAUGUGGAGGAGUGAAACCUUUUGAGUGCCUACCUGUGAUGUUGGACGUGGGAACAGAUAAUGAGGCAUUGCUGAAAGAUCCUUUGUAUAUUGGGCUGAGACAUAAGAGAAUCAGAGGUCAAGCCUAUGAUGAUCUUCUUGAUGAAUUCAUGGAAGCUGUGACUUCAAGUUAUGGCAUGAACUGUCUCAUUCAAUUUGAGGAUUUUGCUAAUGUUAAUGCAUUCCGCCUGCUGCAUAAGUACCGUAACAAGUAUUGCACUUUCAAUGAUGACAUUCAAGGAACAGCAUCUGUGGCAGUUGCAGGUCUUCUCGCAGCUCUGCGUAUCACUAAGAACAGGUUAUCAGAUCACACAGUGUUGUUCCAGGGAGCUGGAGAGGCUGCACUGGGGAUAGCAAACCUAAUUGUUAUGGCUAUGGAAAAAGAAGGGAUGUCUAAAGAUGCAGCUGUCAAAAGGAUAUGGAUGGUUGACUCAAAGGGAUUGAUAGUGAAGGGCCGUGCCUCAUUAACAGAAGAGAAAAGUCGUUUUGCACAUGAACAUGCUGAAAUGAGAAAUCUAGAAGAUAUUGUUAAAGAUAUAAAACCAUCUGUGCUAAUAGGAGUUGCUGCAAUUGGUGGUGCUUUCACUAAACAAAUUCUUCAGGAUAUGGCUGCUUUCAACAAAAAUCCUAUUAUUUUUGCUCUCAGCAAUCCUACCAGCAAAGCAGAGUGUACUGCUGAGCAGUGCUACAAAUAUACAGAGGGACGUGGCAUUUUUGCCAGUGGAAGUCCUUUUGAUCCUGUCACUCUUCCAAACGGAAAAACUCUAUAUCCUGGGCAGGGUAACAAUUCCUACGUGUUCCCUGGAGUUGCUCUUGGUGUUAUUUCAUGUGGAAUGAAACAUAUUGGUGAGGAUGUGUUCCUCACAACUGCUGAGGUAAUAGCUCAGCAAGUUUCAGAGGAGAAUUUACAGGAAGGUCGCCUGUAUCCUCCUUUAGUCACAAUUCAGCAGGUGUCACUGAAGAUUGCUGUGAGGAUUGCAGAAGAAGCCUACAGGAAUAACAGUGCCACCACCUACCCUCAGCCCAAGGACCUUGAAGCCUUCAUCCGUUCGCAGAUGUACAGCACUGAUUAUAACAGCUUUGUGGCUGACUCAUACACCUGGCCUGAAGAAGCCAUGAAAGUGAAACUGUAAAUACUUCACGAAGAAAUAAGCAAAUCAGCAGCAGUGGAAAAGCACUAAAAUAUUCAGAAUGUUUCUGCCUAGAGAGCCGAAGAGUAGAUAAUUUUGUAAGAUUCAGAACAAGUUUUCUAAAUCGUAAUAUUUGAUUAGAAACUCAGAUUAAGAAGUCAUAAUGAAUUAUAAAUGAAAAAAUAAAAAUUAAUCUGAGAACUGUAUUUGUGUUGCUUGUUUUCUGAUUGUUAUUGCACUUGAUGUGUCCAACACGAUGGCUGUACACAUUUUUUUUAUAUCAAAAUGAGUGGUUGUACCUUGAAUUCAAAGAUUUGUCAUACAUGUCAAUGAGAACUUCAGCAGAAGAAUGGUACAGUGGAAAAUUAAGAAAUACAUACAAUGACUGUUUAAUCCAUUACAAGUCAGGAUGUAAUCUGUGUAAAUUGUCAAGCUGUUAUUGAAAAAGAACAGUAAGUUUAGAAAUAUUUUCCUCCACAUAAAAGCCUUACUGGUCACUCCUGUGUGCAGCAAUGAGAAUUUUCUAAUGAGAAUUGAACCUGCAGAACCUUUGUUGACAAAUAAUUGUUUUGCAGCAUUAAAAUAUUCUAACAAAGCCACAGUCCUGUGAAUUAUCAUUUCCCCCAACAAGAUAACUGUGCUGCAAUUGUUCAGCAUAAAGGCACUCAAUGUCCUUCACAAAGAGAGAAUAUCAGAGUAUUAUAAAUAGGCAGCCAAAGAAUCCUCAUUUUUAAUAUUGUAGUCAUCAGGGGAGUGUACUGAAACACAGCUUUUAAAUAGCUGCUAACCAAAUAGCUUGAUUUUUAGAUUUGGUCAUCCAUACCUCAACAGUAAGGGUGGUUUUAUUGCUGUGUACCAAUUUUCCUAUUAUGGUGCUUAGAGAGAAAGCAGAAGGCAGCGCUGUGCUGGUUCCUUAAGGCACAGCUAUUUCAGACUUGUCAGACACAGCCUUCACCUACUGAUAACAUUUGAAUAUGACAAUCCUUUUAUAUCAAUAUAGACACACACACAACAUAUAUAUU